GGGACGCGCUGCGAGCCUUCCACACAGCCAUCCGGAGCAGCCCCGCCAACAUGAAGAGCCAGGCCAUGAAGGAGCAGGCCCAGGGAACUAUGCUUAAAGUCCUCACGUCUUUUAAAAGCAGCGAAAUAGAACAAGCGGUGAAUUCCUUAGACAGAAACGGCAUUGACUUGUUAAUGAAAUACAUUUAUAAAGGAUUUGAAAAGCCAACAGAAAAUAGCAGUGCAAUAUUACUUCAGUGGCACGAAAAGGCAUUAGCAGUAGGUGGACUAGGGUCCAUAGUAAGAGUUCUUACAGCAAGAAAGACUGUUUAA